AUGUCCUCCAGUGAAUACCCCGACCAAGACCCACCCAGGACCUGGAUCGGCCCCGAGCCUGUAGGCCCUUUUGUACGACGGUGGCAUAACGUCCAAACUGAUGACCCCAUCCCAAAUCUCCCCACUUCCAUGACACCAGAAGAACCCGCCGAAAGCACCGACGUCCCAGAGUCAAAGAAAGAGCACCUAGAUCCUGCGUACAUGUUUUGCUGGCGAAAGCUCAUGGCCGACGAAGAAAUGCUCAAGCAUUGUUCCCUGCCCAUCAUGUCUCUCGCCAUUCUCCUCAAGACUACCGAGUUUGCGGAAGGGCGGUUCACUUACACCCUCGAUAAUUAUUUCGAAGAUCGAUUGGUGCAUAUUGAUCGCGUCGAGGAUGGUGGGGACUCUGGAAUGCCCGCCAAGGAGCUCAUCCUUGAGCGCAAGGAAAAAUAUCCCAGGGGGAUCGGAGCGCCUGGCACUCAUUUCAGGGAUGAUGAGAUUAUCGUGAGGGUAGUUCAGCAGUCCGGGUCCACGAUGUUGGGAAAGGAAGUCGCUGGCACUUUGCAAGCACCCUUCAAUUUAUCGCCGCCAAGUCCGACAUCCCAUCGUCUUCGACGAACCACUAUCAGAACGUGCCGCCUCUCAUUUAAUUUUGCUUACCUGGACCUGGAAGGCUUCCAAAGGUCAAUCCCCAAAGGUGCCCGUCAAGUAAAGAACGUCUGUGGAACCGAUUUGCGCCGCCAGGACAGAUAUAUGCAACGUUGGUGGGCAUCGGAUGAGCGCAAGCUAUUACCUGGGCUUCAAGAUUACUCGGGAGGCCUGCCUUUUGUGGAAAAUCAGGUCCCGGGUCCACUUACGCGGAGAGCAGCUGGGAAGGGGGUUACUCGUUGUGCAAAGGCGGCCACGAGGGAGCGCACGAACGGCAGACAAUGA